GCGCGGCGCGGCGGUGGGCGAGCAGGCGAACGCGGGAGCUGCUACAUCCGGGCUGCGGCGGCGGCACCUGCCGCGGCGGGGGCCUCGGUGACAUUGGGGCUCGGCGACUGAAGGAGGGGGCAGCGCUGCGGAGCCUGCACGGAGCGAGAUCUUCGCCUGCUCUCGCCGCCACCAAUCCGCCACCAGCAGCCCGGCGCCAUGGUGCUGGGCACUAUCCUCACCCACGCGAAGAAGCACCCGGCCUUGAUCCCUCUGUUUGUGAUUAUUGGAUCUGGAGGUGUUGGUGCAGGCCUGUAUCUGAUGCGUUUGGCCAUGUUCAACCCUGAUGUCAGCUGGGACAAGAAAAAUAACCCAGAACCUUGGAACAAAAUGUCUCCCAGUGACCAAUACAAGUUUGUCUCCAUUAAUAUGGACUACAGCAGACUCAAAAAGGAUCGUCCUGACUUCUAAAAACACACUCAUGUCCAUAAGUUGCACAGAAAGGUCUUCCAUAAGCCAUCCGCACAAGUGUCGUGCUUGAUCAUCCAGGAAACAAUCAAAUCUGCCUCACACAGCACUAGAUCGUGUUUGAAACUGUUUUGACAAGGCUUAAUAAACGUUUAAAACUUGGCUUAAUAAACGUUUAAAACUUGA